AUGUCCAUCUCCGACCUACCAACCAAGAUGUGGGCAGCGCAAGUCGUCGCAUUCAACUCACCUUAUAAAGUCCACCAAAUUCCCCUCCCAUCAGAUCUCGCACCGAAGGAUCUCCUAAUCAAAGUCGCUGUCGCAUCACUCUGCUAUACAGACUCGAUGGUCUCUUCUGGGAAAAUGGGCACACCGCUCCCCUGCACAGCCUCCCACGAAGGCGCCGGUACUGUCGUAGCCAAAGGUUCUUCCGUAAUCGACUUCGAAAUAGGCGACAGAGUCAUGGCAGGGCUACUAUACCAUGCGUGCGGGACCUGCGCUGAAUGUCAAGGCCCCUCAGCUUGUCCACAAUACUGCCAGAAGACCGGUGGCUUCCUGGGCGUGACAAACAACGGCUUCUUCGCUCAGUACGCCAAAAUCGACGCCGAGCAAGCAGCAAAGUUACCCGAUACUGUGUCUUUCGAGACUGCUGCUCCGCUCGCUUGUGCGGGCAUCACUAUCUACCGUGGCGUUGUUUUGUCUGCCGUGCAAAAGGGGGAAUGGAUAGCCAUUGUAGGCAGCGGAGGUGGUCUUGGUCAUCUCGGAGUACAGUUUGCAAAAGCAAAGGGUUUGAAAGUUAUUGGUAUUGAUGCGCGGGACGAGGGUUUGGAACUGACACGGCAGUGCGGUGCAGAUGUUACUAUCGAUGCCAGGACCAGUCACAAAGACAUCGUUAAAGCUGUACAUGCUUGCACGAACAACGAGGGCGUAAUGGCUACUCUGAAUGUUAGUGACGCAUCGACGGCAGCGGCUACGGCUUGCGCAAUCACCAAGAUGCAUGGCACUAUGGUUCAGAUCGCGCAACCAGAUAAUGUAGUCAUUCCAUAUCAAGAACUUAUAUUUCGUGAUAUUAGGGUGAGGGGGUCCGUUAUCUCUACUGUGGAUGAGGCGCGCGAUAUGUUGGAACUAGUUGCAGAGCAUGACAUUAUUGUGCAAACGAAUGCGUUCCAGGGGCUAGGUGAGAUUGAGAAGCUGGUUGGAUUGGCGCAUGGCGGAAAGAUAAAGGGAAAGGGUGUUAUUAUCAUGGACCAGGAGCAGAUUGAGAUGGAGAAAAAAAUUGGAGCAGGAUUGUAA